UACUGAUACGUCCAUAUCCACCAUGGAGUGGGCAAUGUCACUUUUACUAAACAAUCCAAGUGUUCUGAAGAAGGCACAUGGUGAGAUCGAAAAAUAUGUUGGUCACGAUCGUCGUGUUGAGGAGUCAGACAUGUGUAAUCUACCUUAUCUUGAUUGCAUAAUAAAGGAAACAAUGAGAAUGCUUCCUCCAGCUCCUUUGUUCCCUCACGAGUCAUCAAACGAUUGCAUGGUAGGAGGAUACCAUGUUCCUAAAGGGACAAUGCUAUUAGUCAAUGUGUGGGCAAUACACAAUGAUCCAAACAUAUGGGGAGACCCCAAAAAAUUCAGACCAGAGAGAUUUGAAGGUCUAGAAGGUUAUAGAGAUGGUUUCAAGUUAAUGCCUUUUGGGUUCGGAAGGAGAGGUUGUCCAGGGGAAGACAUGGCAAUGCGUUUGGUCAGGUUGGCGUUGGGAUCUCUGAUUCAGUGCUUUGAGUGGGAGCGAACAAGUGAGAGCGAGGUUGAUAUGAGCGAAGGGACCGAAGGAUUAAACAUGUCCAAGGCUAUAAGCUUGGUGGCAAUAUGUCACCCUCGUCCUACAAUGUUAAAUCUACUAUCACAACUUUGAUUAGUUUGGCUUGUGACAACCCUCAAAAGU